GUCAGCCCAUCCGACUCAUGUUAGUCCAUGUGUAUGCUCACGCUGGCAAGUGAUCUACGAGUGUAGCGUGAAGUCCCAUUUUGGCAUUACAAAGUGACAUAAAUACGCGGACUUCGUCAAGCAACAAUGGGCGGCCAAGCAAAAGCAAAAAAGCAAAAUAAAACUAAAAGAAAUGACUCAAAACCACAUGAAGGAUCAGAAAACAGGAUGACACCUCAGGAAAGAAUGAAAGCUAAAAUGCAAGAAAAAGCAAAGAAGAAAACUGCAGAAAAAUACACAGUUGAUCAAUUAUUGGAAAAGACUGAAGAACGUAUUGAUAACUUUGACUUUGACAUGGCAAGACUCUUCUGUCAGCGAGCGCUGGACAUUGAACCCACUAACCUUUCCAUCCUGGACAUGCUGGGGAACAUCUGUGCUGAGCUGGGAGAUGUAGAGAAAGCCAAACAGGUGUUUCUAAAGGCAUUGGAACUCAGUCCAGAGGAGGGCCAUAGUAAAUACAUGUACCUGGGACAGAUUAAUACAGGCGCGGAAGCUGUACAGUAUUUCAGCAAAGGCAUCGAACUCAUGCUAAAUACUAUGGAUAAACUCUCCAAUGAGGCCAGUGCAUGCGGCGCAGCUGCGUUCCCCUCUGAUGGUGACAUCACCAAAAAGGAUGUGUCUGUGGCCUUCUGUUCCAUCGCUGAGAUCUUCUUCACCGAUCUUUGCAUGGAGGAGGGCGCUGCUGACCGCUGCAAGGAGGCCUUGGACAAAGCUCUGCAUUACGACGAACACAACCCUGAAGCCCUUCAGCUGAUGGCCAGCUACCUGUUCAGCAUCGAGAAAACAGAGGAGGGACGGGUGUGCCUGAAAAAGAGCGUGUCGUCAUGGUUACCCAGUCUGCAGAAAGAGGAAGAAUCUGAGGAAGGAGCGGAGCACGAUAUGGAGGAGGAUGAAGAUCAGACUAAGAGCAACAUCCCACCAUAUGAAUCCCGAAUAACAACAGGCAAACUGCUGAUCGAGGCAGAGGAGUACGAGAUGGCUACGGAAGUUUUGGAGAAUCUUUUGGAAGAGGAUGAUGAAGUUGUGCAGGUGUGGUACCUGUUGGGGUGGCUGUUUUAUUUGCAACUAGACAAACAGGACUUGACAAACAGCUCUACGAAUUUCAAAAAAUCUGCCCUCACGCACCUCACCAAGGCCAAAAAGCUGUAUGUGAAGCUCCGCUGUGAGGACGCACCAAUGCUGGAGCACACAGAGCACCUGUUAGCAGAACUUGGCGGAGAAGCACCUGAAGCGGAGGAUGAUGAAGCCGGACCUUCUCUAGAGGAUAUUGACGAUGAUUUUAUUCAAAGCAGCGAUGAGGAAGAGGAUGCCAUGGAUCAGUGACCCACCCGUUAACUUGUGCUUAAUGAAAUCGUGGGCUCGUCCAUCAAAAUUCAACUAGAUUCCAAAUGGAAAUUCAAUCUAAAACAGUCAUCCGUAUUUUCUCCAUUCAAUUCCCAGGACUGUCUACAGGAUAACAAUGCCAGCAGCUCUGCGCGUUUUGUAAUGUGUUAUCUUUGUUAUGAACCUCUUCGUCUGAGCUAUAUUUUUAUUCAAAUGUUUGAGAGCUGUCACAACAGGCUUCCCAAGUUCCAACAAGACAUUUGGUUUCAUUUUGGGAAUUAAUAAACAAAUCUCGAUAUAAUCUGAGCACGUGAGGCAUGCCAAUUUCCAGGGCUAAUGAAGAUUUUCAAAUUUUAAUUAAGCUUAUGGAUUUUUAGCUUCUCAUAGAUUUAGAGCGUGGCUGAAGUGAGUCAUAUUUUGACUAAACUGUCCUUUUUACAGAAAAUUGGCAAGUAUUUCUGAAAUGUGCCAAGAAAUAGAAGAAUGUGUGAAAAUUUUCUCAUUUUCCUAAAGGCCUUGUUUUCUUAUCUGGCUUCAUAUUUUCUGUUUUUACAGAAUUUAACGUAUUGUUUCAUGUCAGAAGUAUUAUAUGUUAAAUAUAUUCUUAAUGAUACUUAUAUAUACAUAAAAUAAACUUAUACAUCUUAGACAGCCUGUAAAGAUACAUUUUUGUACCAGCGUUCUCUUGUAAUACCUUUAUAAUCUUAAAGCGCCACCAUUUCUUUUAAACACAUGGGCUUUGAAGAAUGCUUGUCUGAAUGAAAAUUCAGUGGAUGUUCCUAAAACAAAGGAUAUAACUCAUUACCAUGGUUUUUUGAAUGAAAAACAUUUCUGCUUAUGUAUGUCAAGGUGUGGAUGAAAUGCGUGUCAUUUACUGAUAAUGCAAUGCUGUAUGAUUAAAUCCUUU